AUGAAGGGUACAUCUAUUUUUCAGUUCAAGUCCUGGCCCAAAAUUCAUCAGCCCUUACCUCGUACUCCACGGGAAUCUCAGCAACUGUUAAAUGCCCUCACAUCUUCCUUCCGUCGUCAAUUAGAUGGGGCUUAUCCCGUAUCAGGCAACAAUCAUGGUCGACCCCUCUCGAACCCUGAAUCAUCAGCACAUGCAACCGAUCAACAUUUGCAGAGCAUCCUUGAUAACCCUCUUUUCCGUAUCAUUCCGACCAGACCUAUCACACAAGAACCCACCACAUUGCAAAGCGUCGAGGGCCAGCGACGACUAGCCGAAGAACCCAUGGCAGUCUUUGAUCAAAUGGCUGCAACUGGCUCAGUCACUGCACUCAUAAUCAAUGAUUGUCUAAAGUCUCAACUUCUCCUUUCCAGGUCCCCCGUCGAUAUGAAAACAUCUCGGGUGGCAUCCAGGAUCGUUGAUUGGUAUUGGGCAUCAGAUGGCACGUCGAGGCAAUCCCUUCUGCGUUUGCGGUCAGUGACUACGUCUUUGACCAAGUUCAUGGUGGCGGAGGGAUUGCACGGUACUGUCAUGCAGUGGUUGCAAAUGCUCAUGAGCCUUGACCUAGGUAGUCAGAAUGGCCGGAUGACUGAAGGACUAGCACGGCAGACCUUUAAUCAUCUCCUUGUUGAUUUUAUAGAUGCAGAAGCCUGCUUUGGAAAUGGCUUCGGCUCCGCGAUGGCACAGUAUCUAAGAGUGUGCCAGAUGCAUUUCCAAAGUGCAUCUUCCCCUAAGUCAAGGAAACCGAUGCUCCUGGCUGCAGGCGCUCACCUGAGCCGCAUGGCCAUGGAGUACAAACCAUCGGGUGAGCAGGUAUCAACAUUAGUUUAUGAUCAGUUCAGGGAUACUGUUUCUGUACUGUCUCCUCGGUCCUUGCUGGUAGCAUCUGUGGCUGUCUGUCACCCAACAGAUCCUGAUCCACGCCCAUUCCUCCAAUUCGUGGCGAACCUCUCACCAAGCAAAUUCCAGGCUUGGAAUGAAAUUCGGCGUGAUGCUUUCUUCGAGAUAGGUUCGGAAGCUCUUCGCGUCCUCGUUGAUCAGAAGAGAUUCCGCGAUAUCUCCCGACUAGAGCAACAUAUUUCAGAAUUGCUACCGGAACAGCCAGCAGCUCCAGUUGAUGAGAAGUCACAUACAUCGUCUGAAGAAGAACAUCUCGGUCGUUUGAAUUGGGGGUUUACAUGA